AAAGCUUUAUAUACUCAUUAAAUUAGAUCUGAAGCUAGCAGUUUGUUCAAACGCGAAACUUAAAACGCAAUAAAUCGCGAAUUGUUUGUCAUCCAACGCAAGUGCUAAAAUGCGCACUCUUUACGCUCUAUUGGCCCUGGUGGCUGUGGCUCAGGCCGUUUCCUUUGCUGAUGUUAUCAAAGAGGAGUGGCACACCUUCAAGCUGGAGCAUCGCAAGACUUAUCAAGAUGAGACUGAGGAACGCUUCCGCCUGAAGAUCUUCAACGAGAACAAGCACAAGAUUGCAAAACACAACCAACGCUAUGCCGCAGGCGAGGUUACCUUUAAGAUGGCCGUUAACAAGUAUGCGGAUAUGCUGCAUCAUGAGUUCCGCGAGACCUUGAACGGAUUCAAUUACACGCUGCACAAGGAGCUGCGCGCUUCCGAUCCCAGCUUUACUGGCAUUACGUUCAUCUCUCCGGCGCAUGUUAAGCUGCCAAAGGCAGUAGAUUGGCGUGAGAAGGGAGCCGUUACCGAAGUUAAGGAUCAGGGACAUUGCGGCAGCUGUUGGGCCUUCUCCAGUACUGGCGCCCUAGAGGGUCAGCAUUUCCGUAAGACGGGCACUUUGGUCUCGCUCUCCGAGCAGAAUCUGGUAGAUUGCUCCACCAAAUAUGGCAACAAUGGCUGCAACGGAGGCUUGAUGGACAACGCCUUCCGUUACAUCAAGGAUAAUGGUGGCAUUGAUACCGAGAAAUCGUAUGCAUAUGAGGGCAUUGAUGACUCCUGCCAUUUCAACAAGGACACCAUUGGUGCCACGGAUCGCGGCUUCGUCGACAUCCCACAAGGCAAUGAAAAAAAGUUGGCGGAGGCUGUGGCUACCAUUGGACCUGUCUCAGUGGCCAUCGAUGCAUCACAUGAGUCAUUCCAGUUCUACUCUGAGGGCAUCUACAAUGAACCAGAAUGCAAUUCUCAGAAUCUCGAUCACGGUGUCCUCGUUGUUGGCUACGGCACCGAUGAGAGCGGCAAGGACUACUGGCUGGUCAAGAACUCGUGGGGCACCACUUGGGGAGACAAGGGCUUCAUUAAGAUGGCUCGCAAUGAGGACAACCAGUGCGGCAUUGCUUCCGCUUCUAGCUAUCCUCUGGUCUAGGAGAAUUUAUAUUUGCGAUAAAAGUGCUUGCAUCGACGCUCAACCUAAUUAAUUUAAUCACAAACAAAUUACCUUUUAUAUCCCAAUGCAGCAUCUCAGAAGUAAACGUUUAUAGUUUAA